ACGUUGAGAAUCACAUUUAUAUGUGCGCAUCUUUCUCCCUCCGACCCUUCCCACAAAGGUCAAGAGCUGUGUGAUGCUCAAUUAUGGUUAAUUUAGUCCUAGCCCCUUAGUUAUGCAACAGAGCAGAUCAACUACGUGAUUUUUAUCAGUACUCAAAAUGCUUCGGAACCUGCUGCUUGCAUGCUUCUUCACCAACAUCGCCCUUGGCUUUGUCGAUGACGGGCAGCUCUCUUUCAGGAACAAAACUUACAUCAUUGGCAGCAAAAAGAUGUCAUGGGACAAAGCGUUCACUUACUGCGCUGAAAAGGGGAUGCACUUGCUAAACCUUGAAAACACCAUCCAGAACAAUCACAAGUGGCUGACUAAUUACUUAGAUGUUAAGACAAAACUAGCCGAUAUGCGAGAUGACCUGGUGCCUCCGUAUUGGGUCUCGGCCGCUUGCGACGCACAAAGCAGCAUCAUCAAAUGGGUCACUCCUGACGUGCAUCCGUGGCUGCAAAUUGAACCAAUUCCUUGCUCCGUGCCAAAGAAAGAGGACCGCAUUUGCGUCACCAUCUACAACAACCGCUCCGACGGCCACCACGGCUUCACUUUUGAACCCUGCAUCAGUCGCUUCAGUUUUAUUUGCGAGAAUUAAUUAAUUAGACUAAUUAUGCGUGUAAACUUGAUUUAAUGUUCGGAAAAUAAAUUAUCCACUUUUCUCUAUUUUUAGAGUGA